ACAUAAAGGGAGCUGCUUUUUCUUCUCUUCCUCCCCACUGCACGGAGUGCGUUUGAGACAGCCCUGUCGGUUUAAACCGGGAGGACACCCAUACCGACUUCUCAAUGCAAAAAAUAAAAGGGUAGCUAGAAGCAGGGGCGAGGGGAACGGAGGUAAAGCGAACGCUCUCGGUCGGUCUCUCUCUCUCUCGUUUUUAUUACAUGAAUGAAUUGAGUAGUAAGGGACACGUACAAGGAAACACGCCUCCGCCUGGACGACCAAACGCGUUUGAUAUUUGACUUGUGUUCAAUGGUACGUGUUUGCAUCUGUGCAUUUUCGGCGAAAACCAGAGUAGGACGUCUCAUCCCGUCGUUUGAAACACUUCUGAAGGCGUAGCAGCUGAAAGUCCUCGCGGUGAACAUGGCAACUUUAACGAACGGACAGGUGGACGCCGCGGUGCACGGAGGAGCGGCCAGUACGAACGGGCUGGUGAACGGAAUAAGCCACACGCACAGUCCCGCGAGCUGCGCCACCAUUCCAAUGAAGGACCACGAUGCCAUCAAACUGUUCAUCGGACAGAUACCCCGCAACCUGGACGAGAAGGACCUCCGGCCGCUCUUCGAGGAAUUUGGCAAGAUCUAUGAGCUCACCGUGCUGAAAGACCGCUUCACUGGCAUGCACAAAGGCUGUGCCUUCCUCACAUACUGUGCAAGAGAAUCGGCGCUAAAAGCUCAGACCGCGCUUCACGAGCAGAAGACGCUACCUGGGAUGAACAGGCCAAUCCAGGUGAAGCCAGCUGACAGUGAGAGCAGGGGAGAAGACAGAAAACUCUUCGUUGGCAUGCUGAAUAAGCAGCAAUGUGAGGACGACGUGCGGCGCCUUUUUGAGUCCUUCGGGAGCAUUGAGGAGUGCACCAUCCUUAGAGGUCCUGACGGAAACAGCAAAGGUUGUGCGUUUGUGAAGUAUUCCACUCAUGCAGAAGCUCAGGCCGCUAUUAGUGCUUUACACGGCAGCCAAACCAUGCCUGGUGCUUCUUCCAGCCUGGUGGUGAAGUUUGCAGACACGGAUAAGGAACGGACCAUUCGACGCAUGCAGCAGAUGGCCGGUCAGAUGGGCAUCUUCAAUCCGAUGGCCCUGCAGUUUGGAGCGUACGGUGCCUAUGCACAGGUUCAGCAGCAGGCAGCACUGAUGGCAUCAGUGGGUCAGGGAGGAUAUCUCAGCCCUAUGGCGGCUUUUGCUGCCGCACAGAUGCAACACAUGGCCACCAUCAACGGCCUCCCAGGGGCUCCCAUGACCCCAACAUCAGGUGGAAGCACGCCCCCUGGCAUCACGGCUCCCACGGUGACCAGCAUUCCAUCUCCAAUUAGUGUCAACGGUUUCACAGGGCUGCCUCCUCCACAGGCCAACGGCCAGGCCCCAGCGGAGGCCAUGUUUACCAACGGGAUCCAUCCUUACCCAGUUUUGCAGGAAGUGGUGUUUAGGGAAGACUCGGAGAAGGGCGGCCUGGGCGUGGCACAGAGAAGUUGUUUUGGGGUUCAGGGAAGCUGCUUCCUGUCGUCUCUCUCAGAAGCUCAGAGUCCCACUGCAGCAGACCCCCUACAGCAGGCCUACGCUGGAGUCCAACAAUAUGCAGCAGCCUUCCCUGCUGCAUAUGGACAGAUCAGCCAGGCCUUUCCCCAGCCGCCUCCCAUCAUCCCUCAGCAACAGAGAGAAGGGCCGGAGGGCUGUAACCUGUUUAUUUAUCACCUCCCUCAGGAGUUUGGGGACGGCGAGCUGAUGCAGAUGUUCCUGCCUUUCGGUAAUGUCAUCUCCUCCAAAGUGUUUGUGGAUCGGGCGACAAACCAAAGUAAAUGCUUUGGCUUUGUGAGCUUCGAUAACCCGGGCAGCGCUCAGGCCGCCAUCCAGUCCAUGAACGGCUUUCAGAUCGGCAUGAAGAGACUCAAAGUGCAGCUGAAGAGGCCAAAGGACGCCAACCGCCCAUAUUAGCCCCGUCCCUCCCCCCAGCCACCCCUGACCCUGGGGGUGAAGGCCGCCGCUGCGCACAGGGAACGACAGGUUUUGUAGAGCUGGAACACAUGUUGAUAACAUGCCAAAUGUAUUUGAAAACACAACAGAUCAAGACCAUCGGGGCUGGGGAUACAGUAGAGCUGAAGCGGGACAUGAGGAGGACGUAGCCGCGUGAUAUACCACCACCACCACCACCAGGCUCAAUGGACCUUUUUGGACUUCAGUGUUUAACUCAGGGGAGCCGCGGUGUUACUGGACCAUACCGUACUCCCUUCUCCGAACCCCGAGCCCUUAUUUUGCAGGACCACAGGACACAACUACUGAAGACCAACACAAAAAAUAUAUAUAUUUAAAAAAAGAAAAAGAAAAACAAUGCAAGCCCUCGAAAAGGCUUCUAUGAAUCUAUGAAUAAGUAGUACGGGGAGAAAAAAAAAACACUUUUUAAAACUAAGAUAGACUUUUAGAUGGGGAAUCAUGUAAUAUUGAACACGUCUUUGGGAAAACUUUUUAAAGAACUGUUUUAGAAACCAACAAAACGGAUUUAAAAAAAAAAGAAACUUGAAAGACAGAACUUUUUGGAAGGAUGUGACAAUUCAGGACAAGAAUUCGCUUCGACUCGGGAUGGCCAACUUUUUUUCUUGGAGUGCCUGUCCGUUUCCAGGGGCAAACGGCUGCCACAAAUCGCAGCCUCCGUCCGCUGGGAGACUUACCUGUCAUUCCUUAGUUGUGUAGGGACCAAAUGACCAAACCUUUUUAUCACAAAUGAAAAAAGAAAAAAGAAAAAAAAAAAAGACUCCUGUAACAUAAUCGGACCACUGCAUCUCUUGCUGUGCCAAUCGGUUUAAGAGUUGUAUUUAAAAAAAAACAAAACAAACAAACAAAAAAAAGAUAUAUGUAUAAAAAGAACAUAUAUGACUAUAUGCAUAAAUGCAUACAUAUAGAUUGCUGAUAUGCUUUUGAAUACUGGCAGAACUAUUUCCAAUGGCCGUUGAGGCCGUUCACUUCGCUAGUUUACAAUUACUGCUCAAAAUGAAGAAUAUUUAUUUUUAUUUCUCUUCUAGUUUUUCUGUGGUGAGAGAAAGGGUGCAUGGGAAGGGUUGUUCCAUAAUGCAGCCUUACCUUUUCUAUCUUACGUCCUGACCUUGUAGUUAAGAGACCAUCUUAAAGAGGUUUGAGAUAAACAAUCCUGUUUAUAUAUAACGUACAUACGAUAUGUAUAUGUAUAGCAGACGUUCAAGCAAUAUGUAUUCAUAUUUAUGCACCUGUACAGCAUAUAUAUGGAUACAUACGAUAUUAAUCCCAAAACCCAUAUAUGUAUUUAUAUGCAUAUAUUUUAUAUGUGUGUAUAUAUAGAAACCGGCUAUUCAAUAUGUAGAGCUGUAAUUUUUUUGUAGAUUUAAGCUGGAGUUUCAAACCACUGCUCUGCUUUGGACUUUUACCACUGGGAAGAAUCUCAAAUCGGCAGCUGCAAUCUGCAGGCAUUCCUCUCGAUCCGAUAUAACGUACUUUAUCCGCCGACACACACACACACACACACACACACAGAUUCCGGUCGUGUAUAUAUGUGUAUAUGCUACUUACAAAUGCAAAAAGGCCUCCUCUCGUAAGAGAGUUUAAAGAGAAUCAGGAGAAUUACGGAAAUACAGUACAGAACACGGACAUAUCUGCCUCCCGCCUCUGCAAACAUUCGUUAUUUAUUCGAACCGAGCGCUGGCUUUAAAAACGAACGCCCGGCGGUUUUUUUCUAACCUCGAUCGCCUUGUUCGCGCAUGCGCCGUCGAAUCACCGUCAGCAGUGCGUCCGUGCACCUGGCGGCACUGUGCUACGACACCGCUAGCAGCCAUUCAUUAUGAUUAUGAUGUCAAAACAACUUAAACACUCUUCUUCUAUACAAAAUAAAAACUAAAAAACAACAAAAAGACUACUACUAUAGCUACAGCUAACAGCGAAGCCUUCAAAUAUCUGUUGACAUGACAAACCCGUGCAGCUUGAUAACACCGCCAUUUACACCCACUCGACGUUCUGCUUACGGUUACAAUGAAGUGGGCAUUAUGUACGUUUUGCACAAGUAUCGUCAGAAUCCGCAUCACAUCGCGUGUUUACAUGUGCUGCUUCAGCGUUUCGAACGGAUUCGAAGGAAGUUAAGAACGGAACGCGAGUUUUCGAAUUUCUUUUGGUUACGCUUUGCAACUGACCUAUUAUACGAGAUGGCACUAUUGUAAAUAUACGAUAAUUCGAGAGCUGGCAUAAUUCGCUUUGCCGAAGAGUAAAGCAUCUGUACAGUGAUGGUGGCGGCGGCGGGGAAAAAAAAAAAAAAAAGCAGUAGUCAGUUCACCUCAUUUCGAAGGGGAAUUCGUUUCUGAAUCGACGGGUUCCGAGAAUGUUGUAUUUUGCCUUCUAGAUCUUUCCGACACAUGAUCAUUCAGGUAUUCCAGGAUCUUUUCGCAACGAUAUGCAUUUCAGCGUCACCUGUCUUUCUCUCCCUUUCUGUCUCGCGCUCAUCAUCUUCCUCUUCGUGUUAACCGUUUCAGCUGCAACUGUUUACAUAUAGCAAUCUGGAAAUGUAGAGCUGACAAAACCAACAAGACAGAUCAGAAAUUUUAUUAUAAAUAUAUAUAAGUAUAUACAUGAACUACUGAAUAUACUGUAAAUGUUUUUUUCUCUUUUUUGCUCUGUUCCUCUGUAUAUAGGUUUGCAUAUUUUAUAGUCUUUUACUUCUAUCUAGAAGGACUGGAUGAUUUAAAGACAAAAAAUGAAACUGAAUUAAAGCAGGUAGACUCUAGUCCUUAGAGAUGCAGUAUGGUUGUAAGGUAUUUAAGAAGAGCCAAUCAGAUUUGAUCCGAACAUCAUGUCACUUUCAGAACUGCUGCCAACAUGCUUAUUUAUGUAUUCAUUUGUUCAAUUAUUUUACUUUGAACAUUUAAAUGGUUUAAACGUUUUUACGUUUGUGUUACGCACUGAAUAUCAUUUUGUCAUUUAAACGAUGGUUUUUUAAAAAUAUAUUUUUACAUGUUUUUGUAUCGUGAGACACAAUGGAACAAUGCAAACUGGCAGAAUCAGGGUAAUCCUUUAUGGAGAAUGUAGAACUCAUGAAGGACUGGUGUCAAAAGUUUUGCUGCACCUGUUAGAGCUGUCUGCUGUUUUCUUCUGUUCUGCGAUUCCAUGCGUCUGUCAGAACUCCGAUUUGCUUCACUGCUUUUUCAAACACACUGGAAACAAAAAAAAAAAAAAGGAAGAAAAA